AUGGCCGACGACGACGAGAACAACAAUACCCCGCUCGACCUCCUCCUUAAUGCUAUAUCCGGCACUGGCGGAUACGCGUUCGCCGAGGGCGAUGCCCAACACUUCCCCGAGGCUCUCGAAUCACACUUUGACGACGAAUGCGUAGCGGACAACGCUGACGUUCUCGCCAAGCCUGGCGCACCAGAGGAGGAGGGCGCGCUCGGCGCGCCGGCAGGGCCCGAAGAAGGGGGAGGAGCAGAGGGGACCGGGGAAGGAGCAGGAGGAGGUCAAGCCCAGCGGCGCGAUGGAGAUGGAGGCGCUGCACAACCUUCCCCGUCCAGUGUGGCGCGCAUCCAGCGUACGCUGCGCGAUCACUUCGCCGGUGGCCGCGACACAUUCAGCACCGUAGAGGUGUGGCAUCCCAAGACGGGACAGAAGAGUUACGGGAAGGAGCGGCGCAUCAUCCAGCCGCCACCUACACUGCGUGUGUCUGGCCCGCUCGCAUCGCUCGUGACUUUCGUCACGCUCUCCGCGCACCCGAAUGUAGACGCUGAGCCGGGCCGCCCGGUCUAUUCGUCCCAGUCCCACCGAUUUGGGCUGUCCGAUCCCGAUCCCGAGCCGCAGUUCAGCGGGAGCAAGAAGGUCGAGCGCGAUCGACGCGCGCGGCAGAUCCGCGCGCAAGCGAGCAAGGCCGGGUGGGGCAGCACGCUGCCGUGGGAGCGGAAGCGGACGGGCAUACGCGGUAGAGACGAGGUCAUGGACGGAGUCACCUUCCCCGGGCUAUGGGUGGGGGAAGAGUCGGGAAAGAGCAAGGAGUUCCGCCUCGAGCUUGGUCUCGGCGCGCCAGGCGUCGAAGUAGACGAAAGCGGACAUCCCCUCGGUCUCAUGGUAGACGGGGUCGAUCAGCCCCUCGACGAGGCUGCCCUCCGCCAAGUGCUUGGUAGCAACACCGUGUUCCCCGACAUGGUGAUCCCGCCCGUCCUCGAGAGCGAUGUCGACGCGGCCGUCGCUGCCGCCCAGGAGCACCAGCAGGAGACGCAGACGCAGACGCAGACGCAGACGCAGACGCAGACGCAGACGCAGCCCGAGACGCUCGAGACGCAUCUCAACACCCCAGACGAGUCUCUUCGCGAGACACACUCGUCGCUCGCCCAUGGCGGCUCGACCCUCGACAGCGUGACGAUCCCCGAUGCUGAGCUGCCCGCUCAGUCGCAGCAGGCCCUCCCGCCCCUGCCAUGGGCGACGUUUGUCUCCAACCCACUCUCUGUCGUGUCCAAGCCAUCACAGAAGACUGCUCGUGCGCGCAGCAUGGCGUCAUGUCUUUCAUCACACGAUCCCUUCGCGCUUAUCGUCCGCGUCAACGGCCAGACUGUGCGCACGAAACUGCUCAAUCUCGAGGGCGCCGACUCGGACUCGCCCACGCUCACGGCGCGCGCGGCCAAGUGGACCCCGUUCCGGUUCGAGACGGUGCAGCACGCCGCAUCGCCCGAAGACCAGCGGCGCGGUAGAUUCAACCCCGAGGAAGUGGUGAACUAUGGCUCGGUUGUGCGCCUCGUCGACGUGACAAGCGGCAUGCGCAGCGAUCUGCUCCGCCUCGUGCGCGUGGACAGGAACAAGGCGGUCGUCGGCAACGACGUCGGCCACCCCGUCAGUGAGCUGCAGCGCGUGGGGCUGGUGCGAGUCAAGGAGAAUCUCGAGGAUGACAUGCCUGGCGGGCGGCGCUGGUAUCUGUCCAGUCCGGGCGCAUUGGCCGGUGCUGGCGAGGUCAAGACGACGCGCUCGCGCCUGCGCAAGGGCAAGUUGGCCGAGCAGACAGAUACAGAGCCGGAAUCGGAGCAGCAACGCAAAAAGCGCAAGACGAAGCGGCACGCGCUGGCUCGUGCCGUCAUUGAAGAGGAGGAGCAGGGGAGCAGCGCCUCUGGGCUCAUGUUCAAAGCUGCGGACCGGGAAGACGUUGUAGAUGACCAGGGCAACACCUCUAUCGUCGAGACGGUGCAGGACAGUAUGUGCUGGGUGCUUUCGGGCGUGGGGUGUUUUUCGUAUACGUUCUUCAAUGGCAUGGGCGAGACUGGGUCAAUCCCGUCUAGCAGUUUGGAACCUGUGCCGCGCAUACUCGUCAACCCAGCUCUCGAUACGUCGACGACUCCAGCCACGCUCCAGCUGACGCUGUCCGAGUUUUUCGUAGCCAACGAGUUGGGCGAGGCACAGCCUUUCCAAGUAUACAUUGGCCCACUGGGCCCGCUUCGCGCUACGACAUGGCGCUCGGUGGCACCCAAAGCCAAGCCAUUUGAGCCGCAGGCGCCGCUCGACGCGCUCCCGUACGAUGGGUUUGGCCAAUACUCUCAAGUGGCCCCGCGCACGCCAGCGGGGGUGGUGCGCAGCAAUUUUCCGCAUUCGGUGCCACACGUCAUUGUCUGCGUCGAACUUCCGGCAACGGAGGAGUUGAUCCGGGCGAUGCAGCCGGCCGAGCUGCAGAACGAAGAGGCGGAAGAUGCGUGGCUGGGGCUGGGGGAGGGUACGCUCACGAUACAGGAAGCUCUGCACAAUGCCAACAAGGCGUCGGCGUCGGCGUCGGCGUCGGCGUCGGACGACGUCGUAAUGACCAUGCCAGAGCAGGGGGAGUUUGGGGUCAACAGCCUGAAUCAGCUCGCCUCAUUGAACGAGGUGGGCAAUGCUGCGAGUCUGAACGGAUCACCACGAGCCGUAGCCGUGACGCAGACGCAUGGGUGGGCGGAGUCGACGAUUACGAUGCACCGGCCCAGCCAAACGGGCGGGAAGGAACACGCGCUGCCGGUGCUGGUGGUCCGACCGGACGGAGUGGGCUACGGCAUGGGCUGGAGCGUGGAGCGGGUGCCACCCGAGGAUAAUGGGGGAGGGAUCCGGAUAGUGCAGGCAGCGACGCGCGCUUGA